GAAAAAAAAACAUAAUAAGAAGACAGACGCGCGCAAGCAAAGCACAAAAUAAAACAAUCUCUUAGAUUCAACACAUCAUCAUCAUCAUCGUUAUCAUUAUCAUUGGAUUCGUGAUAUGCGAGGGCAUGAUCGGAUCAACGCCUGUCUGCCGGAUGAGGUGAUUCUCGAGAUCUUCCGGCACUUCGACUCCAAGGUUAGCCGAGACGCCUGCUCCCUCGUCUGCAAGCGUUGGCUCACUCUCGAGCGCCUCAGCCGCACCACUCUCCGCAUCGGCGCCUCCGGUAGCCCCGACCUCUUCGUCAAGUUGCUUGCGCGCCGCUUCGUCAACGUUAAGAACAUUCACAUCGAUGAACGCCUUUCCAUUUCUCUUCCUGUGCAACUCGGAAAAAGACGUGGCAGUGAUCAGUUGGCUCUUUCAUCGCCUAAGCUGCAAUAUGUUAGUGAAAUAAGUGGAUCCGAGGAAGGUCAAGUUGAAUCAUAUUGUUUAUCAGAUGCUGGGUUGACCGCACUUGCUGAAGGUUUUUCGAAGCUUGAAAAAUUGAGCUUAAUCUGGUGCUCUAACAUAUCCAGCGUGGGUUUAAUGUCCCUUGCUUACAAGUGUAUAUACUUGAAAUCUUUGGAUUUACAGGGUUGUUACGUUGGAGAUCAAGGGCUAUCUGCUGUCGGGAAAUGUUGCAAGCAACUUGAAGAUCUGAAUUUGCGUUUUUGUGAAGGUUUGACUGAUACGGGUCUAGUUGACUUGGCUCUCGGCUGUGGGAAAUCUUUAAAAUCUAUUGGUGUUGCGGCUUGUGUAAAAAUUACUGAUGUAUCAUUAGAAGCUGUGGGUUCUCACUGUAAAUCUCUUGAAACAUUGUCAUUGGAUUCAGAAUUCAUCCACAACAAAGGGGUGCUUGCUGUGGCCCAAGGAUGUCCUCAUCUAAAAGUUUUGAAGCUUCAAUGUGUUAACGUUACAGAUGAGGCUUUGAUAGCUGUGGGAACUCGUUGUUUGUCUUUGGAGUUAUUGGCUCUAAACAGUUUCCAGCAAUUUACGGACAUGGGUUUGAGUGCUAUAGGAAAUGGGUGUAAGAAGUUAAAAAAUCUCACUCUAAGUGAUUGCUAUUUCCUGAGUGACAAGGGUUUGGAAGCAAUAGCUGCAGGCUGCAAAGAACUUGCACAUCUUGAAGUCAAUGGCUGCCACAAUAUUGGGACUCUGGGACUGGAGUCCAUUGGACAAUCUUGCCAGAGCCUCACUGAGUUAGCUUUAUUAUACUGCCAAAGAAUUGGUAAUUCGGCUCUUCUUUUAGUUGGAAGGGGCUGUAAGUUCUUGCAAGCUCUUCACUUGGUAGAUUGCUCUAAUAUUGGAGAUGAGGGCAUUGGCAGUAUAGCUAGAGGCUGCCAGAAUUUAAAGAAACUUCACAUUCGUCGAUGCUAUAAGAUUGGGAACAAGGGAAUCGUAGCUGUUGGUGAGAAUUGCAAGUCUCUGACUGAGCUCAGCCUUCGAUUUUGUGACAGAGUGGGGGAUGAAGCUCUCAUUGCCAUAGGUCAGGGCUGCUCCUUGAAACAUCUAAAUGUCAGUGGUUGCCACCAAAUUGGUGAUGCCGGAAUUAUAGCCAUUGCAAGAGGGUGCCCUCAACUCAAUUACCUAGAUGUAAGCGUUCUCCAGAAUUUGGGAGAUAUGGCAAUGGCAGAGUUAGGAGAAGGUUGUCCAUUACUCAAGGACAUAGUGUUAUCCCACUGCCGUCAAAUCACAGACAUUGGUUUAGCCCAUCUUGUUAAAAACUGCACAAUGCUUGAGUCAUGUCACAUGGUGUAUUGCCCGGGGAUUACUGCAGUUGGAGUUGCCACUGUGGUUUCCAGUUGCAUCAAUAUAAAAAAGGUGAUGGUUGAGAAGUGGAAGGUGAGUCAGAGGACCCGAAGGAGGGCCGGUUCUGUUAUCUCAUACCUCUGUAUAGACCUUUAGAUCAAACAACCUAGUUAUUUAUAUGCAGAGCUUGUUAAUACCCAAAAAGAAAAAAAANUCUGCAGAAGAGGAUGAAGAUGUGCUUUUGUAUAUCCCUGUUUACUUUGUUUUUUGAAAAAAAAAAAAAAAAAAAAUCCCGCUUCUCUUCUUUAGCCCUUUUGAUUGCUCAGUUCAGCUUAAAUACAUUUCAAUUUUUUGUAUAAUUGGUUUGUAAUAAACUUAAGAGUGAAAGUUUGUAAGUACCAUGUGUAAGAAAGUUUUGGCAGUUUACAUGAAUAAAUUAGAGUCUCUGAUGUAUGAUAAU